AUGGAGAGCGGGAAGGUCACCGCCAAAGCCACUGAGGAAUUCGGAGGGGAAAAAUUGGAGUAUUUGUCAGGAUUUGGGAAUCACUUUUCAUCGGAGGCUAUCGCCGGAGCUUUACCUCAAGGUCAGAACAGUCCUCUCAUAUGUCCUUACGGUCUCUAUGCCGAGCAGAUUUCUGGCACUUCCUUCACCGCUCCUCGCAAGCUAAACCUCCGCAGUUGGCUAUAUCGGAUCAAGCCUUCAGUUACACAUGAGCCAUUUAAACCUCGAGUUCCUAGUCAUCCAAAGCUUGUAAGUGAGUUUAACCAGUCAAAUAGUUCUGCCACACCAACUCAGCUAAGAUGGAAACCGGUGGAGAUUCGAGAGAGCCCGACAGACUUCAUUGACGGCCUCUACACUGUAUGUGGAGCUGGCAGUUCAUAUCUGCGCCAUGGUUUUGCUAUUCACAUGUUCACUGCUAACAAAUCCAUGGAGAAGUGUGCAUUGUGUAAUGCUGAUGGCGACUUCCUGAUAGUACCUCAAAAAGGAAGGUUACUGAUCACGACUGAGUGUGGAAAGCUACAAGUGGUUCCUGGUGAGGUAGCUGUUAUACCUCAAGGAUUCCGCUUUGUUGUUGACCUGCCAGAUGGACCUUCACGUGGUUACGUUGCAGAGAUAUUCGGAAAUCAUUUUCAGCUCCCAGACCUCGGACCAAUAGGUGCAAAUGGCCUUGCUGCUCCAAGGGAUUUCCUUUCACCGGUGGCCUGGUUUGAGCAGACUACCUGUCCAGGUUACACCAUUGUCCAGAAAUUUGGUGGUGAACUUUUUACUGCAAAACAGGAUUUCUCUCCAUUCAAUGUGGUGGCUUGGCAUGGCAAUUAUGUCCCGUAUAAGUAUGAUCUGAGCAAAUUCUGUCCUUACAAUACUGUUUUAUUUGAUCACAGUGAUCCAUCAAUAAACACAGUUCUAUCGGCUCCAACUGAUAAGCCUGGUGUGGCAUUACUUGAUUUUGUCAUUUUUCCUCCUCGAUGGCUUGUUGCUGAACAUACUUUCCGCCCUCCAUAUUACCACCGUAAUUGUAUGAGCGAAUUCAUGGGUUUAAUUCAUGGAGGAUAUGAGGCAAAAGCUGAUGGUUUCCUCCCAGGUGGUGCUAGUCUACAUAGCUGCAUGACUCCCCAUGGUCCAGACACAAAAUCAUACGAGGCUACAAUUGCUCUUGGCAAUGAUGCUGGACCUAAGAAAAUCGAGAAUACCAUGGCUUUCAUGUUUGAAUCAUGUCUAAUUCCACGAGUCUGUGCAUGGGCACUUGAAUCCCCGGCUAUGGACCACGACUAUUAUCAAUGCUGGAUUGGCCUGAAAUCCCAUUUUGCACACGAAGGCCUUAUGGAUAACAAGGUGAUUCAGCAAAAGGAUGAGCUAAGCGUGGAUGAUUCAAUCGAUAUUGAAACCCUGUACGAGUUCGGAGAAAAGCUUAACGAGGCCAAGGACAAGUCUCAACUUGAAAAGGAUUACGAGUACAUUAUUGCUGCUGCAAAUGGCUCUGUGAAAGCGAAGCAAUUAGCGGCCCAGUUUAUACCGAAAUUCUUCAAGUAUUUUCCCCAGCUUGCAGAACAAGCGCUUGAACAGCAUUGGUAUCUAUGCGAAGACGAGGAGCUAGGGGUGCGUGUGCAAGCAAUCCGGGGGUUGCCUCUUUUCUGCAAAGAUACGCCUGAUUAUCUUGCCAAAAUUGUAGAUAUUCUCGCUCAAUCACUUGUAGCUGGAGAAAAUGUGGAGCGUGAUGCGGUCAAUAAAGCUUUAAUGACUUUGUUGCGGCAGGAUGUUAAAACUUCCUUGACAGCAUUGUUUAAGCAUGUUGGAAGCACUGAGGAAAGGAGUGAAGAAAGAAGUGUAGAAGAGCUUAGUGCAGAGAAUGUGCGUGACAAGGUUAUCUGCUUUCUCAAAGAUAAGGUUUUUCCUCUCAAGUCGGAGUUGUUAAAACCUCAAGCAGAAAUGGAGAGGCAUAUAGCUGAUCUGGUGAAGCAGAGCUUGCAAGAUGUAACUGCAGGUGAAUUUAAAAUGUUUAUGGACUUCCUGAAGAGCUUGAGCUUGUUUGGGCAGACUGCUCCUGCUGAACGUGUUCAAGAAUUGGUUGCAAUCAUUGAGGGUCAGGCUGAUCUAGAUGCUCCAUUUGACGUUUCAGAUGGAGAUCACAUUGGCAGAUAUAUAGCUUGCUUGCGCACAGCGCUUCCCUUUUUCAUGAGGGGAGCCUCCAGCAGCAAGUUCAUCAAUUAUUUGAGUAAGCAAAUUAUACCUGUUUUCGAUAAGCUUCCUGAAGAUCAAAAGCUGGACCUGCUCAAGACCAUGGCAGAAUGUUCUCUUUAUGCAGGGCCUCCUGAUGCCCGCCAGUUUCUUCCAUCCGUUGUUCAACUUCUGAAGAAAUAUAUGGUUCGGAAGAAAAUUGAAGAAAUGAAUUUCACAUAUGUCGAGUGCCUCUUGUACACAUUCCACCAUUUAGCUUACAAGACUCCUAAUGCAACGAAUAGUCUUUGUGGAUAUAAGAUAGUUACGGGCCAACCUUCUGAUAGGCUUGGGGAAGAUUUUUCUGAGCAAUAUAAAGACUUUACUGAAAGAUUGCGCACCAUUGAGGAUUUAGCCAAAUCCAUGAUAAAGAAAUUGACUCAAGGGAUGAGUGAUCACAACAAAGCAAUGACAGCUGCAAAGACUGAGCAAGAAAAAGAUAAUAUAAAGGCACAAAAGCAGAAUGCUACUUCUGGGCUCAAAAGUUGCAACAAUAUACUACAGAUGGCACAGACGUUGCAUUCCAAAUCACCUUCCUUUAUCGGGGACCAGAAAAUUCACUUGUCAUGGAAGGAAGGAACUAAACCGUCUAAACCGUCUGUUCAGCCUUCUGCUGCCACUGCUGGUCAAAAGCGAACUGCAAGCGCUGUUAAUGGAUCCAACACGUCUUCAGUAAAAAGGGGCCGAGGAGGCGUCGGUGGCUUUCAAAAUGAAAUUUUCAAUAAAGCUUUUCAAGGUUUGUCGAAUGCUGGUGGUAGAGGUGGAAGGAACAGAGGUAGGAGGGGGGGACGAGGAAGAGGAAGGGGGAGAGGGUAUUACUGA